AUGACUGAAUCGCAAAUUGCAAUUGUUGACUUCGGUGUUAGUACUUAUACACAAUCUACACCCUCUUGGGUUGACAAUCACCCGAUGGAUGCAAUUCAAUCAUCAGCUUUGCGAGCGCCAGAAGUCACAAUCGGCGCCGAUUGGGAUGCCAAGGUUGAUAUUUGGAGUCUUGGUUGUCUUGUCAUCGAGUUUGUCCAGGGCUUUGUGCUUUUUGCUGGACAGGCGUCAAAAAAUGGUUCAUGGACUCGCAAGAACGAUUGA